AUGUACUACUUCAUCGACCUGAAAUUCAAUCUGCAAAUAUCUAACAAUACCAAGAUCAGUAUGCCAUUGGCAACCCCAUCCUCAUCCAUUGGAACAGAGUCGAUGAGAGGCGCUAAAAUCAGCACGCCCACUCCAUCCCCAUCUACGGGAACUGAGUCAAUGAGAGUCUCUACAAACCAUCUCGCCCAAGUGCAAGAUGUCGCAAACAAAUACCAGUCAGCUCGACAUGAAUGCAUGACCCAGGAGGGUACAGCAGAAGACAGCGUCGCCAGAUAUGAAGAUACACAAGACGUCGGUUCUGAUUUGGGCUGCUUUGCUGGGUGUGUGGGAUAUAAGAUGGGCGCUAUAAAUGAGGGUGGAGGAUUCAAUGAGAAGAAUUGGGUAGAUCAUGUUUCGCAAAUCGAUGAUGCGGAAGAACGGAGAAGACUUUGGUAUGAGGGAAGUAUUAUGUCUCACUCGGUUAAUGGAAUGAACCGUUGUGAUACUGGUAAUAAGUUGGCGAGGCUUUCGAAGGAGUUCUCUAAGCCACCUAAGGAGCAAAACCUGGAAUCCGUUUGA